AUGGGCUCUAUUCUUGUUCCUCCUUCAGUUGGUUCCUUUGGUGAUAAUUUGGUUCAUAGUCAGGGGGAGGAAAUUAAUAAUGAUAGUGAGAGUGGGGGUAAUAAUCCUUGUCAUGGAGAUAUGCAGAGUGAUCUGCCUUCUCGAGAUAAAGAGUCGCUUAUGCACGAGGACCCAGGUACCAACUCACACUCUCUUAGUCCUAAUGCUCCAUCUAGUACUCUAGAGCAAGGAGAUAAUCAAUUGUCUACUCAGCCCACUCCUGGAAAUGACCAACCUAUAGCUAGUUUUGUUGCAUCUCUUGAUUCUGUAUCUAUACCCACUAACUGGAAAUUAGCCAAAGAAGAUCCUAAGUGGAAGGAUGCAAUGCUGGAAGAGAUGAGAGCUUUGGAGAAGAAUAGAACUUGGGAGCUUGUGGAUCUACCGCAAGGUAAGGUAGCAAUUCUAAUAGUGUAUGUGGAUGAUAUUGUGAUUACUGGGGAUGAUAUCACUGAGAUUGUUGAUUUGAAGAAAUAUCUUGCUCAAGAGUUUGAAGUAAAAGAUUUGGGGCAGUUGAAAUAUUUUCUUUGA